AUGGCUUCAAGAGCUGCUGUCGGCGGUCGCCCAGGUGCCAGAUUCGCCCAGUUCAAGCUUGUCCUACUAGGAGAAUCUGCUGUUGGAAAGAGCUCUCUUGUCCUUAGAUUCGUUAAAGACCAAUUUGAUGACUAUCGGGAAUCGACGAUCGGUGCCGCAUUUCUCACCCAGACGAUAUCCCUAGAUGAAAAUACGACAGUCAAGUUCGAGAUAUGGGAUACUGCUGGCCAAGAAAGGUACAAGUCGCUUGCGCCAAUGUAUUAUAGGAAUGCAAACUGUGCCGUUGUUGUCUAUGAUAUCACCCAAGCAUCUUCCCUCGACAAGGCAAAAUCAUGGGUAAAGGAACUCCAGCGGCAGGCAAACGAGAAUAUCGUUAUCGCCCUUGCCGGUAAUAAGCUAGAUCUGGUGACGGAUAGUCCGGAUAAGCGUGCCAUCCAGACCGCAGAUGCCGAAGCUUAUGCGCGCGAAGCCGGUCUACUUUUCUUCGAGACCUCAGCUAAAUCUUCGACGAACGUGCGAGAGCUAUUCACAGCCAUUGCGAAGAAAUUACCAUUGGACCAGGCUGGCCCACGGAAUCUACGGUCUAACCCCCGUCCAGGGGUUGAUUUACGCCCUGAGGCCGCUGGACCACAGGCAAACGGCUGUUCAUGCUAA